AAUUAUUUACUUAACUCAUCAUCACAUGGUAUUCUGCUCGGACUUAUUAUAGGUGUCAUAUAUCUCUUUCUCAUCUCCCUCUCUUUCUCCUACAGGAAAUGUGCGAUUCCUCCUCUGAAACAUCAUGACCUCCAUGAUCAUGAUCAUGAUCAACCCUCAUUCAUCCUUCAAAACCCUUCCAUUUCUUCUUCUUCUCAUUCUUCAUCAAUCUUCUGCACUUACAACUGAUGGCAUUCGUUUACUUUCUUUCAAAUACUCUGUUUUAAACGAUCCUUUAGGUGUUCUAGACACCUGGAGCUACACCGACGCCACUCCAUGUUCAUGGCAUGGCGUCGUCUGCGAGAACACAUGUGUCACCGGAGUAUCGCUUCCCAGUUCGGGACUCACCGCCACCAUUCCCGCCAAUCUGGGUUCGAUUCUACACCUUCGGGAAGUGAAUUUAUCGAAUAAUUCAAUCAGUGGGUCUAUUCCUUUGUCUUUGUACAAUGCACCUGAACUCGAGACUCUUGAUCUUUCCAAUAACUUGAUGUCCGGCGAGUUUGAGUUCGUCGGAGGGUGGCGGAGCUUAAGGUAUCUUAACAUGUCUGGUAACUCGUUGACGGGAAAGCUGCCGCAGAAUCUUGCAGCGCUUUCAAACUUAACGGUGGUUUCUUUGACUGGUAAUCAGUUUUCCGGUGAACUUCCUUCUGGGUUUGAGUCUGUUGAAGUUUUGGAUCUGUCAAAAAACUCCAUCACCGGUUCGUUACCGGAAAAGUUCGGUAGUGGUGAUCUUGUUUACUUUAACAUUUCACACAACAAUCUCUCCGGCGAGAUACCGCCGGAAUUCGCGAUCAAAGUUCCAAUAACCGCGACAAUUGAUUUGUCAUUCAAUAAUCUCAAAGGAGCAAUCCCCGAAUCCGACAUUCUCGUCAACCAAGACGAAGAAUCAUUCGCCGGAAACCCAGAGCUUUGCGGGAAGCCAUUAAAAAACCUCUGCGAAUCCUCCUCUUCGUCGACCACCGGACCCAACUCCACAACAUUCACUCCAGCUAUCGCCGGAAUCCCUCAAUCGUUCCCCUCAACUCCUUCACACAACUCUUCAAAUUCAAAAAGCCGAUUCAAAACCAGCACAAUCAUCGGAAUCGUCGUCGGAGACAUCGCCAUUGUCGCAGUUUUAGCUCUGGUUUUCAUCUACAUAGUGAAAAAACGACGAGGGGCUCCAUCAAAUCGCCAUCAAGACGAAGCUAAAGCUUCAAACAGGGAAUACGAUUGGGGGUCAUCAGAAGAAGAACACAAAUGGCUACGUUCAUGGGCAUGUUUAAUGAAGAGAAGAAACACCGGAGGAGAAGAUGAAGAAGAAGGAGAAGAAGAAUCAAGCCAAAACUCAAGCUCGGAAAACUCCGACACCGAAAGUAGGCCACCGGAAACCAUUAAACUCGACAAUCCGGUAACUAAAGAUGUCGAAAAGAGGGGAUUAGUGACUGUUGAUGGUGGUGAAAAGGAGCUAGAGCUUGAGACAUUGUUGAAAGCUUCUGCAUAUAUUCUUGGCACAACCGGUUCGAGUAUAAUCUACAAGGCGGUUUUGGAAGAUGGAACUAUGUUAGCGGUUCGUCGGAUCGGAGAAAACGGGUUAGACCGGUUUAAGGAUUUUGAGAACCAGGUUCGGGUUAUAGCGAAGCUGGUCCAUCCGAAUCUGGUUCGGAUCCGUGGGUUUUAUUGGGCUGCGGAUGAGAAGCUUGUAAUCUACGACUACGUUCCCCAUGGCAGCUUGGCUAAUGCACGUUACAAGAAAGUUGGUUCUUCCCCUUCUCCGCUACCAUGGGAAGUGAGGCUCAAGAUAGCAAAGGGCACGGCUCGUGGACUAUUGUACAUCCAUGAUAAGAAACAAGUCCACGGAAAUCUCAAACCAAGUAACAUUUUACUAGAAUCCGAUAUGGAGCCCAAGAUAGGAGAUUUCGGGCUUGAAAGACUGCUAGCAGGCGAUCAAAGUUACAAAGUAGGUGGAUCAACUCGAAACUUUGGUAGCAAAAGGUCAAAUACCUCUCGAGAAAGUUUCCCAGAUAUCGUGAUGGGGUCAAACCCGAGCCCUAGCCCAAGUUCCAUGGGGUGCAUUUCACCAUAUUAUGCCCCAGAGUCUCUAAGAAGCCUAAAGCCUAGUCCAAAGUGGGAUGUGUACUCGUAUGGUGUGGUGUUGCUUGAACUUUUGACUGGGAAGGUUAUUAUAUCAGAUGAGUUUGGUCCGGCUAGCAUGACGUGGAGCUCCACGCUGACAGUUGAAGAGAAGAAAAAGGUGUUGCGGAUGGUUGAUGUGGCGAUUCGUGCUGACUUGGAGGGUAAAGAGGAUGCCUUGUUGGCACUACUAAGAGUGGCUUAUGGUUGUAUAUCACCUGUCCCACAAAAGAGACCACAUAUGAAAGAGGUGGUCCAUGCUCUUGACAAGUUCCCUUUGGCUUCUUUUUCAUAUUAUUAGGAAAAUGGGAAAUUAUAUUAUUAGGAAAUGGGAAAAUUGUAGAAAUAGAUAUGUAUUUAUGGUUGGGAAAAUAAUAAUUAUAUGUUUUUUUUUAAUAUAAUGUUUAUCUUCAAAUUAUAACUUAUUAAUCGCUA